CCCCGCAUCGCAUUCCUGAUUCGUGUGUCGUGGAUCAGCUGUGUUUGGCUGGCAUGUGGUGAGUGUGGCUAAUAUGAGGUGAUUCCGGUGCUGUGGUGGUGCUAUGGUGGUGCUGUGACUUCUCCUAAACCGUCCUAAUAGAGCUAUUCAAGAUGACACUGUACUUUGACUGCAUUGUGGACAGCCCACACACCAGUGCCAUCAAUACACACAUAGCAUGGCAUGCCCAGUCAGCAUGUCUCGCUGUGGCUGCUUACAGCGAGGAGAAGGGGGGCACUGUCAAUGUUUAUACUGGAGAGGGCAAGCUGUGCGAGGAGGUGGAAAUUCCGCCACAUCCCACGGCACAAGUUACCUCCAUGGUGUGGCACCCCAGCAAGCGGGUCAUGGCCGUGGGUUGGGAGUCUGGGGAACUCUUCCUGUGGAAUGACCAUGAACAUGAACUGCGUGAGAUCCAGAGCCUGCACCGGGCACCCAUAUCUGUGCUGCUGUUCAGCGCUGCGGGAACAAGACUUAUAUCGGCAGAUGCUUCUGGAGCAACAGUUGGCUGGCGAGUAGAUAAUUCUGGGGACCUUCAGACUGUAUUCACACAUGAACUGAAAGAUCCACUGGUUCAAGUUGUAUACAGAGUUAAUACUGCUGCAGACAAGACUCUUCCUCCUCUGGACAUAAACGGCCUUGCUCGUGCAGCAGUGAGUGGUGAUGAAAGAGCUCUGGACAUAUUCAGUUCUUGGCGACCAAGAACAGGCCACAAACACCUUGGCAUGAUGGGAACUGCAAAGGAUAAUCUGAACUUUUUCCUGGGAUCAUCUACUGGUGUGCUGUACCACGUGAAUGAGACUGGCAACUGUGUGGAGGUGCUGCAGGCAGACGGCGGCAUCAAGCGGCUGCUGCACCACGGGUCCCGCAACCUGCUGGUGGUGAUCACAGAGAGUCUGGUGCUGGGCCAGUUCUCUGUGGCCGUGGACGGCUCGGUGACGGAGAUAAACAGGGUCAAGCUGAGUGGAAGGACCAAUGACAUCCAGGUGGCCUGGGCUGGUGCCGGUCUCCUAGCAGUGUCUACAGGAGACAGUUCUGUACGUCUGUGGAAUUUGGAUUCUGGUGAUAAUAAUGUAUUGAGCCUACGUGGACCAAGCUACAGAGACCAAGAGUUUGUCAUGUGUCUUAGUUACUCUUCAAACAAAAAUAUUCUGUGUGCAGGAACAAAUCUGGGAAGUGUUGCCAUGUGGAAGUAUGAAGAAAGCAAGCUUACAGAAGAGGAGUAUGUUCGGGAUCCAGAAAAGGAUUGGAAGCUACAAAAUCCAACCGUCAUCUCUGGGACUGUGAAGCAGGUGGCUUGGGGAUCAGCGCAGAAUUUGCUGGGUGUGAACACAGUCCGUGAUGUUUACAUACUGAAUGAGCAGCACAUGGUUGCCAGCUACAAGGAUCAGGUGUCAGUGGUGCAGGUGUCGCCUACACAGCUCUCAGUGGAUGUGUUCUCAGGAGGCAGUCACCUGGAGCUGAGGGCAGAGAUCCAAGUGCGCGGUGUUCACAACUCCCUCGACCACCUGCUGCUGUGGAACAUGAAGAAAAUGGUGGUGUAUGAAAUAACGUCAGAUGCGACUCAUCUCAGAGUUGUUGCUUCCUUUGCAUGUGAGACUGAGAGUGCUGUUCUUCAUGAAGGCAGCAUCUAUGCCAUUGAGGGAAAUAACAUACAAGUCCGGUCUCUGCAAGGCACCGUGAAGCAGACACUCAACUUCACAGAAAAUGAAGGUCAACCAAUUGGCCUCGAUGUUUGUGGCAACUUUCUUGUUACAGCAACAAUACAUGGAAUUGUCAAGUUAUGGGACUUGUCCAGAAGGGAAGCUAAGCCACACACACAGGGGAAGCAGAUGGGCGAUUACAUCAAAGACUUUGGUGAGAUCAUAUCUGCUCGUUGUAACUGCAAUGGAACUCGAGUUUCCAUCGCUGUGGCCCAGACGUCCCUCUUACCGGACCCUAAGCUGUAUAUAUGGGACAUAGAGAGUGAAAGCUUUACUUACUUCAACUUUGCAUCCGGACGAUCCGAGGAUGACGAUGUCGAUGGCACUGCACCACCCAAUUCUGCAGAAAGUGUCAGUUCCAAAGAGGAGGGAAUCAACAGCAGGGCCAAACGUGAAACAGCUCAAGAAGUUGGUGGUCGGUUUGUAAUGUCACACAUGUGGGAUGCAGAGGACCCUCGACUCUUGGUGUGUGAGGCCAAGUCUCUCCACAACACCAAGAAGCAAAAGGACCAUUACUUGUCAUCAGCCUCCAAGGAAGAGAAGCCAGCAGUGAUGCUUGUGUCUCUGUUUGUGAGCCCUGACCAUGGCAACAUUGUGCAGGACGCCUUCGCCCUCAGCCCUUCCUUCUCCCGCCUUCUGGGGGUCCAGGUUCCUUUCUUCUACCUCCUCAACUCUCAUGAUGCUGAGAAAAAGGUAGACAACAAGGCUGUGACUCAGAAAGUUAUGAGGGAAUUUACCGGACUGGAAAGUUGCGACAAGUCCACCAAAGAUGCCAUGCUCAACUUUUCAUUUUAUCUUUCUAUUGGCAAUAUGGAUGAUGCUUUCAAGGCAAUCAAAACUAUUAAAAGUGAGACUGUGUGGGAGAACAUGGCCAAGAUGUGUGUCAAGACCAAGAGGCUUGAUGUGGCGGCCCUGUGUCUGGGCAACAUGGGACAUGCCAGAGGAGCUCGAGCACUGCGAUACGCCAUGAAGGAACCUCAGCUGGAUGCAAGGGUGGCCAUGCUGGCUCUACAACUGGGCAUGCUGGACGAGGCUGAACGCUUGUAUCGAGGCUGUGGCCGCCACGACCUGCUGAACCGACUCCACCAGGAUGCUGGCGUGUGGUCCAAGGCGCUGGAAGUGGCCGAGACUCACGACAGGAUUCACCUGCGCUCUUCUCACUACAACUACGCCAAGCACUUGGAGAGCAAAGGGGAUUACAGUGGAGCCAUAAGCCACUAUGAGAAAUCAGACACUCACAGGUUUGAGGUUCCCCGAAUGUUGUUUGAUGACCUUCCCACGCUGGAGGAUUACAUCAUGCACACAAAGGAUAGAGCAUUGCGGCGAUGGUGGGCCCAGUACCUUGAGUCCACCAGUGAGAUGGAGACAGCAUUACAGUUUUAUGAGGCUGCUCACGACCACCUGUCCCUUGUGAGAGUGUACUGUUACUGCAACAAUCUCCAGAAGGCUGCUGACAUUGCUAACGAGACUGGUGACCGGGCAGCCUGCUACCACCUGGCCCGGCAGUAUGAGAAUGUGGCACAAGUGAAAGAGGCCAUUCAUUUCUUCACACGAGCUCAGGCUUAUGGGAACGCCAUCAGGAUUUGCAAAGACAAUGGAUUUGAUGAUCAGCUUCUCAAUCUGGCACUGGUGGCUGGACCACAGGAACAGAUUGAUGCUGCCCGCUACUUCUCCUCUUCCGAGCGACGCCAGCUACCCAAGGCCGUUAUGCUGUACCAUAAAGCUGGGCUCCUCUCCAAGGCCGUUGAUCUGGCAUUUAAGUCUGGACAGAUUAGUGCUGUGGGUCAAAUUGCAGGAGAAUUAGAUGAAAGUGCAGACCCGGCUUUGAUUCAAAGAUGUGCUCAGUACUUCAUCUCAAAUGGACAGUAUGAUAGAGCUGUUUCUUUGCUCAUCACAGGUAGACAGUAUUUUGAGGCGCUUGACUUGUGUGUGGAGCACAACGUGUGGGUGACGGAGGAAUUGGCAGAGCGAUUCACUUUGCCCAAAGAUGAAAAGGCAAGAAAUCAGAUUCUAGAGAAAGUUGCAGAAUGUGCCUAUGCUCAAGAAAAUUACAAGUUGGCAACUAAGAAAUUCACUCAGGCUGGGAAUAAGGUGAAGGCAAUGAAGUGCCUUCUUAAAUCAGGAGACACGGAACGCAUUGUCUACUUUGCAAACGUCUGCCGGCAGCGAGAAAUAUACAUCAUGGCAGCAAAUUACUUACAGAGUCUGGAUUGGCGCAAAGAACCUGAUAUCAUGAGAAACAUAAUACAGUUUUACUCCAGGGCCAAGGCGUCAGGCUUGUUGGCUGGCUUCUAUGACUCUUGUGCACAAGUUGAAAUUGAUGAGUUCCAAAACUAUGAGAAGGCUGCAGGAGCUCUGAAUGAAGCCUAUAAAGUCAUCACCUCCUCCAGUGAUCCUCAGACCCAAGAGAGACUGCCCUCACUUAAGUAUAAACUUGAGAAGGUUAACCAGUUCAAUAAUAUUAAAAGAAUGUUUGUUACUGAUGGAGAUGCAGCAAUUCAAGAGAUGCAGCAGCUGUUGGCCGAUCCAAACAUUGAGGUUGCAGUGAGACAGGGCGAUAUUUAUGCUGUCAUGGUGGAAUAUUUUGCUGCUAAUAACAACUUCAAGUCAGCAUUGAAUAUCUUGCAGGAAAUGAAGACUAAACUACCAAAAGCAAAUCCCAGCUACUAUGUUGAUGCCCAGACUCUGCAGGCAAUCUCCAGGACAACAGGCAUGAACUUUGCUGAGGUAGAAAAUGGAAUGCAAGAGGAAGGAGGAAGUGAAGAGGAAGGUAAUGCAAGUGAAGAAGAGGUGGUAGAGGAAGAUGAAGAAGAAGAAAGACCACAACAGCACCACUUUGCUCUAAAUGGUUCUGCAAAGUUCUUCUAAAAUCAGGAGGCAGUUGGUGGUGUAGAGGUCAGUUAGGACACUUGGUCUGAGUUCAAAUCUCCUGCCAGGUGGAAACAUUCAGCCUUAUGUUCUGUUCACCUAGUGGAGAAUAGGUAUAGCAUGUAAACAGAAGAAUUGUGAUCGUACUGUGUGACAAACCAACCAAGACACUUCAAGCCAGCUUAACCCAUUUAACAGUUGUGGGGGUGACUUUUGUUCUGCAGUGCUAUCAUACAGGCUGAUAAUUAUUCUGCUGUUCUAUCCACCAGUCUAUCAUGCUGUGUAACUCCUUACCUUCUCUCAGACCCAUAAAAGAAGAGCCUCUAUCUCUUCCCAUCACACACUUACUUUCUUGCUUGUGCAAGCACUUGGCUGCUGAUAACACCUCUUUCACCUUAUCGUUAUCCUUACACUUUUCAAGUGGCUUUCCUCUCCUUUGAGAACCUUCAUCUUCAGUUAUACUUUCUUAAGAAACAAGGUCAUUAUUUGUCAUUCUUUCAACGUCAUACCACCUGUCUCUCUCUCUCUCUCUCUCUCUCUCUCUCUCUCUCUCUCUCUCUCUCUCUCUCUCUCUCUCUCUCUCUCACCUAGUGCACUAUUCCACCUAGACAGUUGCUCUGACCAUAUCUCUCAUACACACUUUUGGUCUCACCUCAUAUUGUCACUUCAUUUGCAAUGUUAAAAUGCUUGAUUUCCACUGCCUGCACUCAUGGUUAUUGUUCCCCAAUCCUUGUUCAUCAAUCUGCUAUACCUGAAUGUUAGCAGAAUACUAUUGCUUAAACUUUUUUUUCAUUCAUAGGCACAUUUUCCCCUUUCAGAAUUCAUGCAAUUGAUCGUAUCACAUACUUACCGUUCAGGACUCUCCUUUCAUCUCACUAGUUAAUUGGAUUUACUCACCUUUUUUAUUUUCUCUUCUUUAAUCACACAUCACAUUCAACCACACACCACAUUGUCCUGGCCUAGGAUUAGGAUGUUUUGGUGCUUUUGUUAGUAAUAAGUGUGCAACUUUGUGGCUUACAUCCUGUAACUAUUCUCUGCUAACCAAUUAAAAAAUGUGUGAAAGCAGACAACCAAAUGUCAUAAUGGACUGAUAACUUCUCAGAGCUGGAGACCAGAAUGACUCUGUAUGCAUGUGAAUGUGUGUACGUGUGCAUGACUUUGUAUGUGCAGUGUAUGCAUAUGAAUGUGUGUAUGUGUAUGACUGUCUUUAUGCAUGUACAGUACUCAUCUUAAGUAUUGGAUCCCAGCCAGGGUGUCUGAAAAACAUGAUCCCUGUGAGCAUAAAGUGAAACAUUUUAGUGGUAAGUAUCACAGCUCUAUCCAUGUCAUCACCACAUCCCUCAGCUUCACACUGCUGACUUCUUUCUUCCCAUCAGUGUGUCUCAAGUCUUGCCGAGGGAAGGAUACGAGUCAGUUGUGUGAAGCUGUGACAUCAUGGCAAGACUGAUACUUUAUGCCAUUUUUUGGGGCCACAAGUAGUGGACACUGGUGAUGGCCCAAUGCCUAUGCUGAGUACUGUGUUUGUGCAUACUUGUAUGUAUGAGUAUAGCAUACCUUAGUAAUAGAUUAUAUAUCACAUACAUAUAUAUCAUGUACAUAUCAUCAUAUCAUAAUAUGCUGUAUAUACAUAACCACACCAGUGUAAAAUAAACACAGAAGUAACAUU